AUGCUCGAUCAGUACAUUGCUUGGGACCAGCCGACGCUGUGGAUCGCUGUGGCCGGCAUUGCCUUUCCUCCCACCUACUGGAACAUUGUCUCCCACUAUGAAUACCACAACAAGUUCCUGACCAAGGCUCUGGGCGGCAACUACGCGGCGUGCUACUUCCUGGCGGCGAGCAUCUUUGUCUUUUCGGCCAUUCGCGAUCUUCUCUUUGACUGGGCUAUGGCUGAUCAGCCGACGGUGUACGAGCUGGCGCCGAUGGCCCUUUCUCUCGCCGGCAUGGCGUGCAUCGCUGUGGGCGGUAUCCUCGUUCUCUCCUCGUACUACCGCCUCGGCAUCACCGGCACCUACCUCGGUGACCGCAUGGGCAUCUACCUCCCGGCUCGAGUCGAGUCAUUCCCGUUCUCGGUCAUGGAGCACCCGAUGUACACCGGUGCCACCUUGUGCUUCCUCGGCCAGGCGCUGCGGACCGGCUCGCCCGCAGGCGUCUUCCUCACCGUCGUCGUCGCCAUCGUCUACGCCAUCGCCGAGUCGAUCGAGGGCCCGUUCACUGCUAUGAUCUACGCCAAGCGCGCCGAGGACGCCAAGGCCGCACAAGGCAAGGCCGAGUAAACC